GCGUUCUUCUGUCUCGACUUUGACCUCAUCCCUCCCGCAAUCUGCCCUCAGCAUCUCUGCCAGAGCACUUUUAAACAUUACAAACUAUCACCUUCCUUUUCUAUUCCAACCGAUUCUCGGUAUCUAUCAACUGUUUUUCAGCAAGCCGCCCACGACACAAUGCCGACGCCACUCCCUUCGAGUUUCGCUUCGGCCGCCGCUGGCAACACCCAAGACGCCUCGAGGAGAGGCGAUGGUACCUCCAGUGGAGAGUGGUCUCGCACUCGCAUGAACGGAGCAACACAAACUUUCCGCCGCCCAUCAGUUGCGACAAAUCCUUCUCAUACUCGAGAUGCAACCUCUGCUACGACCCCGACCGGCAGUGCCGGCGGUGCCUAUUCUACGCACAUGUCCUCCACCCGCAACGGAGCAUCUGUCGAUACCCGUUAUUCAAAAGAACAGCUUCUCGACCUGUAUAAGGCUCAGCGGGAGAGUGGGGUUUUGUCUAAGAAUGUUGCGGAUUAUUUCGUCGCCGAUUGGAACCCUCAUAUCGAGACACCCACGGCGAACGGGGCUUGGGGGAAGCGGGAUGAUCACAAGGAUAAUCCAAUUGGGCCCGAGGUGUGCUGGGAUCAUGGAGGACAGUUUGAGCCUCUAGGACUAGUGGAUAUGACUGAUGAUGAGAAAGAGACAUUUUCCACCUCGGUCAACUCCCCACUUAAACCACCACCCACGAACGCCGCCAAAGAGAACGCAGCUACAGGCGGCUCAGGACGCAGAACUUCGGUCUCCUACCCGCAAGGAAAUGCGCCUUACAACACCUCGUCUCCCAGUUCCACAAGGCCGGGCCCUAGACGUCGGGAAACUGGCGAUUCAAUCGGAAAUCCUAUGUCUCCUACAACGAGCGGCUCCCGCUUCUUCCGCGACGAACCGAAUACUUCAACCCCACCUCCCUCACUGCUACGUCGCAAAACCGAUUUUCGAGACGCUACGUCUGUUUCUAAGUGGGAAGAGAAGGAGAAGGAGGCUCAAGGCCGGGACACCGCUGAUACUUCUUCGCCCUUUGGUUCUUUGAAGCGUAGCUCUACGAAUCCCGUAGGCUUGCCUGGCUCGACUUCUCCUUGGCCGUCAGCUUCACAGAAUGCCAACUUUUCGCCCAUGGGUGCAUUUGGAGCUUUCAACUUGGGUACCUCUAGUGCUGCACAGACUCCAACUACUGAAAAGCGGCCUGGGUUUGGCAGUUUACGUGGGGAAAGCCGCCUAAAGGGGUUGUUCUCGAAAGAUAGCUCGGAGGACAUACCAUCUGUUAGGGAGAAGUCGUCUUUGAGCAAUCUGGAUCGCUUAGGCGAGAGUGAGGCUGAAAAACGGUCUCAAUCGCCGUGGGGUGAACAGCUGAAGACGCGCACCGGUCGAAGUGAAACAAACCCGUUUUCCGACGAACCCCGAAGUGGAAGCGCGGCUCUCGGAGGCUCUCAGGACGUCAGCACUCCUUCACAGGUAGCGGAUCAGCUGGGAUUCUCUGCCUUUGGGAUGACCUCUAGCAUUCCUGGCUUCCGUGAUCUGAUGCAGAGUCACGAGAAUUCGCGCAACCCGACUCCUCACCUCCCCGGCCGCGAGCCCACUAGCCCGACGAAUACAAACCCGUAUCAGAGCCCGCACGGCGACAGGGGAGACGUGGAUGACGUGGACACCGACGGUUCUGAUAUUCAGAAUACUAACCACCCUGGACUUAGCGGCUUGCGAGACUCGGCUGCGUUCGGUUCUAUCCGUCGUGUGGGAUCCGGCAUGGACCUGCCUUCUAUUGAUCGCAGCCAAUCCUCCAGUGUUGCAGGUAACCGUAGCUUCAGCAACUUGGGUAGCCUGGGUGGUCUUCCUUCUCUUGGCGGCGCUGGCUGGCCGUCUAGCGGAGCGGUUGGCACUCCUACCAAAGACAGGUCUGCUUUUGCUACAGGAUUUGGCGACCCCAUUUUUGGCUCGAUGGCUGACCUUCAGUCUCCGAGUUUGGCGACGUUGGGAGCGGGCGGACUGUUUAGCCCUCACGCUGGAAUCUCAACCAGUGGAAGCAUCGGUCGCUCGAGCAAACUAGGUUCUCUCUUCCCUCAAGCGAUGCAGGAACAAAUUCAAAGCGAGCAACCUAGGCAUGACCUCAGCAGUUUCGAUGAGACUCAAACGGGUGAGUCUAUUCUAUCACUAUCAAAGAAUUCUCUAACCACGUCAGGUCAUCAAGCAGAUGCACCUGGUCAAACGGUUCCUGCAACUACUUCCACUUCUCAUACUCCAGUUUCUGCUGUAGGCUCCAUUCCAACUUCCAUGGUUCCGGAAGGUCAGCAAGCAAGCCAGGCUGGAAGCACGGCUGGCUCAGUGCCUACAGCUCAGCAGCGGACCAUGGUGAUGCCUGAUCGAAUGCGCUGGAUUUACCGGGAUCCACAGGGAAAUAUUCAGGGCCCUUGGACGGGAUUGGAGAUGCAUGAUUGGUUCAAGGCGGGCUUUUUCAGUCCUGACCUCCAGAUCAGGAAGUUGGAGGACCCUGAAUUUGAGCCAUUAGCGCAGUUGGUGCGACGCAUCGGUAAUUCACGAGAGCCAUUCCUGGUUCCACAAAUUGGGGUUCCCCAUGGUCCUGAGCCCAAUGCUAGUACUUGGGGAGGUGCUGCCCCUACUGGCUCUGCGCAGCCUCCGUUCCCAGGCAGUUUCCCCAGCUUUGGCACGACUCUGACUGCUGAGCAACAGAAUGCCCUCGAGCGAAGAAAGCAAGAGGAGCAGUAUCUGAUGGCACGGCAGAAGGAGCAUCUUGCUCAGCAGCAGGCAAUGUUGAAGCAGACACAAUUUCAACCUGGGGUUCCUGGAAUUUAUCCCCCUCAGCUUCAGCAUCACUCCAGUGCCCAUAGCCUUCACAGCCAGCCUAGUUUCGGCAGCAUAGCUUCACCAAUCGGUUUUCAGCCUUCGCCGAUUCAAGGACCCUUGCAACAGCAGCAGCCUGGGUCUGGUUUCUUCGAUGCUUCAGGCGCUAUCAGGCCCAAUCCUCUUCCCAACGUCGGCUCUCAAAUGCUCGGAACGGAUUUUUUAAACAGCAGCCAAGAGCAGCUUCCUUCGCUGCUCGAUCGUUUGAACGUGAACAGAUCCGACCCUUUUACAUUCGGCAGCCCAACUUCGUUCGCCGCUCGACAGCCCGAUAACCUGUUUCCCAACCCGCAGGUCGCAACCAUGUUGCAAGACCGUGCGCGGCUUCAGCAGGAACAGGAGCAAUUUGAUAGCACCCACGGUGACACUCUGUUUGACCAGCAGGCUCGUGAAGAAAGACUCCGUCAGUUUCACGCUUUGAGGGCACAGGAAGGUGAUUUUGGCAUGCGCACUACGGAAGGCUUGCCCACUCAUCCCGCAACCGCACCCUCUCAACCGGCCAAAAAUGCCGAGGAUAAUGCGGCUCUUGAGGAACUCACCAAGUCUAUCACUAGCGAAGAACCUGUCUUAACCCUUUCCCAGCAGGUUCAGAAGGCCGCGCAGGAGCAGGAGGAACAGGAGCAGAAGAAGCAACAACAGCAGCAACAAGCGCAAUCGACUUCUGACGCUGCCUGGGCUACCAGGGGCGACUCUGCCAUGCCUCAACCAUUCCCUCCUCCUCCAUCUGCUUCGCCACUGCCCGCUCCCGCCGCUCAGCGCAACCGCCAGAACGUAGCGGAGUCCCUUGCCGCAAACUCUCGUUCUCAGACUCAAACACCUGUUGAGGCUCCCACUACCUCAAUUGCGCCAUGGGCGAAGGAAGUCAACGAGAUGCCGAAGGGCCCGUCUCUCAAGGAGAUCCAGGAAGCUGAGGCACGCAAUGCCGCGCAGAGAGAAGAGAUGGCAGCUGCUGCUCGCCGUGCACAGCUACUUGCCGAGCAGGAACGUCUCAGCCAGGCUCAGGCUCAGCAAUCCCCUGGUCUCCCGUCGAGCGCCAACUGGGCCAGUGCUGGAUCUCCGGCAACCCCUACCUCGACAGGCUCGGUUUGGAACAACAAGGGUGCGGCCACUACCAGCGCGGCCAAGAAGACCCUAGCUCAGAUUCAGAAGGAGGAAGAAGCCCGUAAGCAACGCUCUGCUGCAGCUGCAGCAGCGGCGGCCGCUCAGAACAUUGCCGCGACUACCCCUACUCCCUCUUCUACUGGAAAACGUUAUGCGGAUCUGGCCAGCAAAGCUCCCGCUGCCUCCCCGGUUAGCGCCGGCUCUGGUGCUUGGACCACCGUCGGUGCCAGCGGCAAGGCCAAAGCUCCUCCUGUUGCUCCAACCGGGCCGCGCUCCACCAGCGGACCAGUUCCUGUCGCUGCAUCGCCAGUCCGGCCGAAGGCAGUAACGGCGACUACCACAGCGCCCCGGACCGUUCCUGCCACCACGCCUUCGUCGAACCCUAGCCGGGCUAUGGAAGAGUUUACCAAGUGGGCCAAGUUGACUCUGGGCAAGGGGUUGAACAGUAAUAUCAAUGUCGACGAUUUUGUCCAGCAAUUACUGCUUCUUCCCGCAGAGGCGGAAAUCAUCUCCGAUUCCGUCUACGCCAACUCGCAGACUCUGGAUGGCCGACGAUUUGCGGACGAGUUCAUCCGUCGCCGCAAGCUGGCAGAUAAGGGAAUCGUGGAGUCCGUUUCGACAAGCGCCCUUGCGGAGAAGAACGGCGGAGGGUGGAGCGAGGUUGCGAAGAAGGGAUCUGCUAGCACGUCUCGUGAGGAAGAUACGAGCAACGCGGCGUUUAAGAUGGUUGCACCCCGCAAGAAGGGCAAGCGGUGA